CGGCUAUAUUUCAAUAGUUCCAAUUAUGCAACGUCACGCAGCUGCAAAUUUCCAGAAGAAUUUCAGAACUUAAACCCAAUCCUUAAUAAACCGAUUGCAUUUAUACAUUUGUGAUAGCACACACACCAAGACAAAUACACGCAUGAUGCUCAAGACCUGCCGAAGUGUGUGUUCCUUACAGCAACGCUUUAGUUGCCUAUUAACCUCGCCGAGUCGACAGCAACAAUAUAAUCGUACACUGAUAGCAGCUUUCAGCACCAAGGGCAUGGAUAAGUUUGAUUUGCCGAAACGCCUUCAAGGCAGUACACCCAGCGUGUGGAAUGAAUAUAUUGCUUUAGCCAUGCAGUACAAGCCACUGAAUCUGGGCCAAGGAUUUCCGGAUGAUGCUGCACCCGAAUAUGUGACCAAUUCACUUGCGGACAUUGCCAAGGACGAGAAUCCCCUUUUGCACCAGUACACCCGAGGCAAUGGUCAUGUUCGCUUGGUACAGGCUCUGUCGAAACUCUAUAGCGGUCUCAUUGGACGUGAGGUGAAUCCGCUGACGGAUAUACUGGUUACAUCUGGUGCCUAUGAGGCCCUCUACUCCACCAUAAUGGGGCAUGUGGAUGUUGGUGAUGAGGUCAUCAUUAUUGAACCUUUCUUCGACUGCUAUGAGCCGAUGGUUAAAAUGGCAAACGGUAUUCCGCGAUUUAUUCCAUUGAAAUUGAGCGAGAAGGAUGGUCCCAUCAGCUCUGCCGACUGGGUUCUGGACGAAGCGGAACUGGAGAAGCUGUUCAAUGAGAAAACGAAAAUGAUCAUACUGAACACUCCACAUAAUCCAACUGGUAAGGUCUUCCAUCGGAAAGAGCUGGAACUAAUUGCCGAUUUGUGCCGAAAGUGGAACGUGCUCUGUGUUUCGGAUGAGGUCUACGAAUGGCUCGUUUUCGAUGGUGUUGAGCACAUUCGUAUCUGCACCCUUCCUGGUAUGUGGGAUCGGACUAUUACCAUUGGCUCGGCGGGCAAGACCUUUUCGGUGACGGGCUGGAAAAUCGGAUGGGCCUAUGGGCCACAGCAGCUGAUUAGAAACUUACAAAUGGUUCAUCAGAAUUGUGUGUACACCUGCCCGACGCCAAUGCAGGAGGGUGUGGCCAGAAGCUUUGAGGUGGAACUUGCUCGACUCGGUAAACCGGAGAGCUACUUCCUCAGCUUGCCGCGCGAGCUGCAGCCAAAAAGGGAUUUCAUGGCCAAGUUCCUCAGUGAAGCAGGUAUGCGACCCACAAUACCAGAAGGUGGUUACUUCAUGGUAGCCGAUUGGACGCCACUGGAAGCAAAGCUGAACCUGGAGUCGGAGCCAGACAAAUACCGUGACUACAAGUUCACCAAAUGGAUGACAAAGAACAUGGGAUUGCAAGGAAUACCGCCCAGCGCCUUCUACAGUGAGCCCAACAAACACUUGGGAGAGGAUUUUGUGCGUUACUGCUUUAUCAAAAAGCAGGAAAAUCUAAAUAAGGCAGCUGAGCUGCUCAAGAACUGGAAAUAGAGUGUUUUCUUUGUAUAUUCGCAUUUACUUGUAACGCCAAUAAACGAAUUUGUUUGAAUUUGAAA